ACCCGGAAUCAUUUGAGGAAGCAUCGGUGUGUUGGCAUUUCUGAACAGUUUGGCUCAAAGUACAUUAAAAUAAACACAUUUUCCUUUAUUUUUUUUGCUCUGAAGCUGUAGUCACAUUAUCCGGAAUGCAGAAGUACCUCCUCUGAGCUUCGCGCCACGGGUUUUAUUCGAUAAACAAUAACUGAACGGUGGAAGGAGAAAUGGGCAAGAAGGAUGCCAGUGCGACCAAAUUACCAGUUGAUCAGUACAGAAAGCAGAUUGGUAAACAAGACUACAAAAAGUCAAAGAAUGUCCUAAAGGCAACGCGACUGAAAGCAGAAGCCAAGAAGAAUUCCUCUGGAUUCAGGGAUGCAUUCCUGGUCGUGGCAGCCAUUCUGUUCUUUGUGCUCUGUGUUUACGCCUUCUUCUACUUGAACCUGAGUACCGAGAUCAACCUUGAUGUGGACAUGGAUUAAGAAAUGUUUGGAGGGUGGACCAAACAGAUUUUGAUAUACGGACAAGUUGGGAUCAUAAAAAACUACAAGCACAAGGCUAAUGUGUCCUCGUGAAAAUCUAAACGGCUGCAAAAAAUAUGCAAAAUAUAUUUUUUCUCGAUUUGGGGUUGGCCAAUUUAGCCAUCCUUUAUCUUUUACAUCUUUUAUGCAACAUGGUGACAGAAGCUUUUUUGAGCUCAUGUGUUCUAUCUUAGUCAUUUAAGUGUUUUUUUGUUAAUCAGUUAAAACAUAAAUUAAAGACUGUUUUUUUUACGUUUUCCUCAGGUUAAAAGAGCAAAGUUUAAACCUCUAUUCUGAAUUCUGAGUUCCAAACUGUGGUGCAGACUACAGUAGGCGCCGUUAAUCAUAUUCUGCACGGUUACGUCCCAUUUUUAUUUUUUUAUUUUUCUUUCCCCCAUUAAUAGAAAAAUGUAAAUCUGCUGCUGCAGCUCCUGUCACAUUCAGACAAACACUUUACUCACAUUCCAGUGCACAAACCACCUCCUCGCAAAUAUCUCCGGAUCACAAAGUGUGAGAUUAGAAUCCACGAAGCCACGGUGCUGAUUGAACAUGUGUGCAGAAUACAGAAUGAUGCAGUGCAACGUCUGCACACGCAUGGAGGCAGACGUGUKUAGGAGAAUCAAUGUAAAUGUGAUCUGGUUCUUACAUUUGGAUUGAAAUUAUGGAGAUGAGUGAUGACUUACUCAAGGUGAGCUGAUUUAUUUAACUUUUUUGAAGGAAUGUGUUUACAUUUUUCCAAUUUGUCCAGACUGAUGUCAWCUUAAUGAAUGUAUGAUGUCUGCAUAAAGAUGAGUGAAACGUCUCCGUCCUGCGAGGUGCAACAUCUGACCUUCAAUCAGCUGUUUAAGCCCGAGUAUUUCUUUUAAUUCAUCACAAAAAAAACUUGGCUUUUUUGCUCCUGUCCACUACACCUAAAAACGAUGCAGUUAUGUGUUAUCUGGAAAUUUUAAUUGACAUUUUUUACAAAGUACUUUGAGGGCAAUAACAAAUACACAAGAGGCCUUGAGAUUCUGCUCAUUCCUAGCUUCUUUCUCAUUCUUAAACGAAAAUAAGUCUUAAAUCUKUGUCUGAUUGUGUUCUGUUGCAGAAAUGCUUCCUGAAAUGUGAGACCGAUUUUCAAGCUUUCAGUUUUUUUUUUUUUUGCCUUUUUUCCCUCUUUUUCUCCCAUAACCUCCCGACCUCUUGUGAAAGACUACAUGUCAAAGAAACCAUUAUGAUUAGCAUGCACCCGUACCCUCACCCGACAGCUCUGGUACAUCCAGACCCUCCUCCAACCCCGAGUCACUCGCAUGUGGAACAAUAGUCAGGCAGCUCUAAUAGGCCUUCAAACAUGACACCUGUUAUCUAAAAAGGCCACCAUUACCAACUACAAGAGCUUUGACAUCAGAAUGGUGGGAGGAAUCUUGCAGCUUAAUGUAUUGGUUCAGAUGGGGAUGCAUGACAGUUUUAAUCGUUGCAUCAUGGUUUAUUCUGUUACUAAAUUUUGUUGAUUUUGAGACUUUUCAAUUUUGUGUUGCACGAGUUGUCAGCUUUUCUAUUUUGGAAUGUAAGACAAUACUGUGAUAAUAAAAUAUGAAGAACUUUCAA